CAGGCCCCUCAGACCCUGCAGCCAGCCCAGAGUAAGAUGUGUCAUCGGCAGUUGGUCAUCUCCUGGUUUUCCCUGAUUUUGCUGGCAUCUCCCCUCGUCGCCAUAUGGGAACUGGAGAAAGAUGUUUAUGUAGUAGAGUUGGAUUGGUACCCUGGUGCCCCUGGAGAAACGGUGGUCCUCACCUGUGACACCCCUGAAGAAGACGGCAUCACCUGGACCUCAGACAAAAGCAGUGAGGUCUUGGGCUCCAGCAAAACCCUGACCAUCCAGGUCAAAGAAUUUGAGGAUGCCGGCCGGUACACCUGUCAUAAAGGAGACGAGCUUCUGAGCCAUUCGCUCCUGCUGCUUCACAAAAGGGAAGAUGGAAUUUGGUCCACUGAUAUUUUAAAGAACCAGAAAGAACCCAAAAAUAAGACCUUUCUAAAAUGCGAGGCCAAGAAUUAUUCGGGACACUUCACCUGCUGGUGGCUGACAACGGUCAGCACCAAUUUGAACUUCUCUGUCAAGAGUAGCAGAGGCUCUUCUGACCCCCAAGGAAUGACAUGUGGAGCACCCACACUCUCUGAAGAGAAGGUCAUAGGGGACCUCAAAGAGUAUAAGUACUCGGUGGAGUGUCAAGAGGACAAUGCCUGCCCAGCCGCCGAGGAGACCCAGCCCAUCGAGGUCGUGGUGGACGCUGUUCACAAGCUCAAGUAUGAAAACUACACCAGCAGCUUCUUCAUCAGGGACAUCAUCAAGCCCGACCCACCCAAGAACCUGCAGCUGACGCACUUAAAGAAUUCCCGGCAGGUGGAGGUCAGCUGGGAGUACCCUGACACCUGGAGCACUCCCCAUUCCUAUUUCUCCCUGACCUUUGGUGUGCAGGUCCAGGGCAAGACCAUGAGAGACAAGGUAAGAAAAAGUCUUCGAGGACAAGACCUCAGCCACGGUCAUUUGCAAGAGGCAUGCCAACGUUCGCGUGCAAGCCCGGGACCGCUACUACAGCUCCUCUUGGAGUGAAUGGGCAUCUGUGCCCUGCAGUUAGGUUCUGAUCCCAGGAUAAAACCUUGGAGGAAAAGUGGAAGAUAUUAGGCAAAUUUUUUUAAAGACACGAUGGAAUAUACCCCCCAAAAUAUUUUCUACCUGAUUGCUUUUUGGAAAUUUUUUUAGGAUCACAAUGAUGUCUUUGGAGUAUUUUUAUAAUUAGAUGCUAAACACCCACUGAAACAAUCAGCUAAUUUAUAUGUAGAUUUUUCAGCUCUCAAGUUACCACUGGUCCUAAUGCUAUUUAAAUAUUUAAGUAAUUUAUGUAUUUAUUAACUUAUUACUGUUAUUUAACAUUUGUGAGUCAGGAUGUAUUGUAUGUCUCAUACUUUUAUGACCCGAACCAUAAGGACCAGGCCCCAUUAUGCAAAAU